AUGGUGGAUCGGCUACAGCGCACGGACCGCAGCGGGCUGGUGCUGCUGUGCAUUUUUCUGGUGACACUGCGGGAAUCCCAGGCGGGGCAGAUCCGAUACUCGGUGCCCGAAGAGACGGACAAAGGUUCGUUCGUGGGCAACAUCUCCAAGGACCUGGGGCUGGAGCCCCGCGAGCUGGCGGAGCGCGGCGUCCGCAUCGUCUCCAGAGGUAGGACGCAGCUCUUUGCGCUGAGCGCGCGGAGCGGCAGCCUGGUAACCGCGGGCAGGAUAGACCGCGAGGAGCUCUGCGAGACCAUCUCCGUCUGCCUUUUAAAUAUGGAGGUACUUGUAGAAGACACCUUGAAGAUUUACGGGGUGGAAGUAGAAAUCACAGAUAUUAAUGAUAACGCCCCCAGCUUCCGGGAAGAGGAAGUAGAGAUAAAAGUGAGUGAGCACGCAACCCCGGGAUGGGGAGUUCCUCUUCCCAGUGCUAAGGAUCCAGAUGUGGGAGCGAAUGCCCUCCAGAGCUACCAACUCAGCCCUAAUAAUUACUUUUCCCUGCACAUGCGAGGCGGAAGCGAUGGGGCCAAGAAUCCAGAGCUGGUGCUGGAGCAGACUUUGGACCGGGAGAAGGAAGCUGUUCACCUCCUCCGCCUAACAGCUGUGGAUGGAGGGGAUCCCAUCCGCAAGGGCUCUGUGCCCAUUCGGGUGCUGGUCCUCGAUGUCAAUGACCACACCCCAAAGUUUACACAGUCUGUGUAUCGGGUGAGUGUUCCCGAGAACCGCAGCUCAGGAACUCGGGUGCUGGGGGUGAACGCAACAGAUCCCGAUGAAGGAGCCAAUGGGGAAGUGAUGUAUUCAUUCCGGAAUGUGGAAGACAAAGCUGCUGAAAUAUUCCAGUUGGAUUCUCGAACUGGAGAAGUCCUUCUUCGAGGGUCUUUGGACUAUGAGAAAUAUAGAUUCUAUGAGAUGGAAAUUCAAGGCCAAGAUGGUGGAGGUCUGCUGACCACCGCUAAGUUGUUGAUCACGGUCCUGGACGUGAAUGAUAAUCCUCCGGAAAUAACUAUCGCUUCUUCCACUAAUUCCGUGCAGGAAAACGCCCCUCCUGGUACAGUAAUUGCGCUUGUUAAUGUACAAGAUCAAGACUCUGGAGAAAAUGGUCAAGUCUCUUGUUUCAUUUCUGAGAAUUUGCCUUUUAAACUAGAAAAGACUUACGGAAAUUAUUACAGGUUAAUAACAGACAGAGCCCUGGACAGGGAGCAGGUCGACAGCUACACUAUAACGUUGACAGCCACAGACCAAGGAAGGCCGCCCUUGGCUACAGAGACGCACCUCUCGCUGUCUGUGGCCGAUGCCAACGAUAACCCGCCCACUUUCCUUCACACCGCUUACUCCGCGCACGUCCCUGAAAACAAUCCUAGAGGCUCUUCCAUCUUCUCAUUGACUGCCCACGACCCGGACAGCAAGGAGAAUGCCCGAGUUAUAUACUCAUUGGCAGAAGACACCAUCCAGGGCUCGCCUCUGUCCUCCUAUGUCUCCAUCAACUCCGACACCGGAGUCCUGUACGCGCUGCGCUCCUUCGACUAUGAGCAGUUCCGAGAUUUACAGCUGUGGGUGACCGCUAGUGACAGUGGGAACCCUCCGCUCAGCAGCAACGUGUCACUGAGCCUCUUCGUUCUGGACCAGAACGACAAUGUCCCCGAGAUACUGUAUCCCGCUUUUCCCACCGACGGCUCCACCGGCGUGGAGCUGGCGCCUCGCUCCGCAGAGCCCGGCUACCUGGUGACCAAGGUGGUAGCGGUGGACAGAGACUCGGGUCAGAACGCCUGGCUGUCCUACCGCCUGCUCAAGGCCAGCGAGCCAGGGCUGUUCGCGGUGGGGGUGCACACGGGCGAGGUGCGCACAGCGCGGGCCCUGCAGGACAGAGAUGCGCUCAAGCAGAGCCUGGUGGUGGCUGUCCAGGACCAUGGCCAGCCCCCUCUCUCGGCCACUGUCACGCUCACCGUGGCCAUAGCUGACAGUAUCCCAGAUGUCUUGGCUGAUCUUGGCAGCUUAGAAGCUCCUGCCAAUCCUGAAGACUCAGGCCUCACGCUGUAUCUGGUGGUGGCUGUGACAGCUGUCUCCUGCGUCUUCCUCGCCUUUGUCAUCGUGCUGAUGGCGCUCAGGCUGAGGCGCUGGCACACAUCGCGCCUGCUCCAGGCGUCCAGAGGUGGGUUGGCAGGCGUGCCAGGCACGCACUUUGUGGGCGUGGACGGGGUGCGGACCUUCCUGCAGACCUAUUCCCACGAGGUCUCCCUCACCGCGGACUCGCGCAAGAGCCACCUGAUCUUCCCGCAGCCCAACUAUGCAGACACGCUCAUCAGCCAAGACAGCUGUGAGAAAAGCGAGCCCCUCUUGAUAGCUGAGGACUCAGCUGCUGGUUUAGGCAAUCAGGUGAGAUUUAAUGCCCUGUCCCCGUGCUGGUGUCUCCGCACAAGUCUAUUAACUUUUAUUUUGAUCCUAAUGGGAGAUGACGCGAAACAGAGGAACAGGAUCCAGCGGCCGCAAGUACUCUUUCCGUUCCUGCUGCCUUUGUUGUGCCCGGCUCUCUCGGGGCAGGUCCGCUACUCCAUUCCCGAAGAGAUGGCCAGGGGGUCGGUGGUGGGGAACCUGGCUGAGGACCUGGGGCUGCAUGUUCAGGAUUUAUUGACGCGAAACCUCAGAGUUAGUGCGGAGAAGCAAUACUUCACCGUAAGCACCGAGAAUGGGAACAUACUUGUCGCUGACAGAAUAGAUCGGGAAUCUCUUUGUCCCCAAAAACCCCUGUGUGUCCUGCCCUUAGAGAUUGUAGCUGAGAACCCCUUAAAUAUGUUUCAUGUAAGUGUAAUAAUAGAAGAUAUAAAUGACAAUCCACCGCGUUUUACACAUGAUAGCAUUGUUUUACAAAUAAAUGAGUUUGCAAUUCGAGGCUCUCGCUUUGGCCUGGAAUCUGCUAUAGACGCAGAUGUAGGACGCAACUCUCUCCAGAGUUACCUGCUCAGCUCCAAUGAACAUUUCUCUUUAAUGGUGAAAGACAAGACUAAAGGCAAGAACGCCCCAGAGCUGGUGUUGGAGAAGCCCCUGGACAGGGAACAGCAGAGCUCCCAUCUCCUGGUGCUAACAGCAUUGGAUGGGGGCGACCCUGUCCUAAUGGGCACCACUCAAAUUCGGAUCCAAGUCACUGACGCCAAUGAUAACCCCCCAGUGUUCAGCCAGGAUGAAUAUAGAGUCACUCUGGUUGAGAAUGUGCCUCUGGGCACCUCUGUACUAACUGUGAGGGCCACCGACCAGGAUGAGGGCGUCAACGCUGAAAUCACCUACUCUUUCCGAACGCUGCGAGAUGAUACUGGAAAUACGUUUAUGUUAGAUCAUAAAAGUGGAGAAAUCAAAUCCAGAGAUCUCAUAGACUUCGAAGUAUGUAGCAGCUAUACUAUGAGCAUAGAAGCCAAGGACGGUGGAGGCAUGGCCGCCGAAUGUAAAAUUAUAGUAGACAUUCUGGACGAGAAUGACAAUGCUCCAGACGUGGUUUUCACUUCGGUGGCCAGUUCCAUUACGGAGGAUGCAGAACCUGGGACGGUGAUCGCUCUGUUCAAAACACAUGAUAAAGAUUCUGGAGAAAAUGGAGAGAUCAUAUGUGUCAUAAAAGAAGAUGUUCCUUUUAGAAUUGAAUCUUCUGUCAAUAAUUACUACAAGCUUGUGACAGAAGGGGCCCUGGACCGGGAGCAGACCCCGGAGUACAACAUCACUAUCGUGGCCACCGACAAGGGCAAGCCGCCCCUCUCCUCCAGUACAAGCAUCACCCUGUACAUCGCUGACGUCAACGACAACGCUCCGGCUUUCCCCCAGGCUUCCUAUGUAGUUCACGUGCUUGAAAAUAAUUCUCCUGGCGCCUCCAUCGCGCAAGUUAGCGCUACUGAUUUGGAUUCGGGGCCCAACAGUCAGAUCUCCUACUCCAUCGUGGCCAGCGAUCUGGAGCCUCGCGCGCUGUCCUCCUACGUGUCCGUGAGCGCGCACAGCGGGGUGGUCUUCGCGCAGCGCGCCUUCGACCACGAGCAGCUGCGCGCCUUCCAGCUGACGCUGCAGGCGCGUGACCAGGGCUCGCCCUCUCUCAGCGCCAACGUGAGCCUGCGCGUGCUGGUGGGAGACCGCAAUGACAAUGCGCCCAGGGUGCUGUACCCGGUGCUGGGCCUCGAUGGCUCAGCGCUCUUUGACACGGUGCCACGCGCUGCGCAGCCGGGCUACCUGGUCACCAAGGUGGUGGCGGUGGAUGCGGACUCUGGGCACAACGCCUGGCUGUCCUACCACGUGCUGCAGGCCAGCGAGCCCGGGCUCUUCAACGUGGGGCUGCGCACGGGCGAGGUGCGCACAGCUCGCGUCUUGGGCGACAGGGACGCUGCUCGCCAUCGUUUGCUGGUCUCCAUUUGUGAUGGAGGACAGCCGCCUCUCUCUGCCACAGCGACGCUGCUCCUGGUCUUUGCAGACAGCCUGCAGGAGGCGCUGCCGGACCUCAGUGAACGCCCAGUGUCCUCUGAUCCGCAGGCGGAGCUCCAGUUCUAUCUGGUCUUGGCUUUGGCCUUAAUCUCUGUACUCUUUCUCCUCGCGGUGAUUCUGGCCAUCGCCCUUCGCCUCAGGCGCUCCUCAAACCAGGCCACCUGGAAUUGCUUUCAGCCUGGUUUCUGUUCCAAAUCCGUAGUCCCUCCCAACUAUACUGAAGGGACUUUGCCUUAUUCGUAUAAUUUGUACGUUGCGCAAACCGGAAAAACAGAAUUGAAUAUCCUCAAAUGUAAUGAGCAACUGAAUUCAGGAGAAGACAUAAUCUGUGGUGAUUCUUCAGGGCCUAUAUUUCCACUCUGUGGCUCAAGUGAGUCCACUUCUCAUCCUGAGACUCUGACACUGGUGAGUUUUAUUUCUACUUUUAUUUUUCCUUUUUACUGUCUGCCACAUUUUUCUGCGCCUUAG